GCGAGCCGGCUCUGCGCGCGUUCACGGGCCGUUCCCCUCCGAGAGUCCUCCGGUAGAGAGCUGUCGCCCGCAGGCCCCAGCCCGCCUGACCGCCCCGGGGGCUUCCGCAGCCUCUGCCGACCCGGAAUCUGGGACCUUGCUGAGCUGCUCCCCGCCCACCCCUCCAGGGUUUCCCCACGUCCACCGAGGUGAACCAGCUGUGGCCCUGCCCGGGAGGAGCUCACAGUCUAGCGCGGUAGACCGUGGUCAGCGAUGUGUCCAGCCCAGUGAGAGGGUGCUUGGUGUCCCUGUGGCCUCCAUGUUUAAAGCUGAACGUGCGUGCGGAGUGGACGUGGCUCUUUUCUGAAGCCCCUUUGGGGCCACAGGACCAGGCACUGUUUGAGUAGACACGGUGCUCUGUACUGUGCACUUGGGGUCUCCUGUGCUGGCCAUGCCCGUGCCCACGGAGGGCACCCCUCCCCGGCUGAGUGGUACCCCUGUCCCAGUCCCAGCCUACUUCCGCCAUGCCGAACCUGGCUUCUCCCUCAAGAGGCCUGGGGGGCUCAGUCGGAGCCUCCCACCCCGACCCCCUGCCAAGGGCAGUAUCCCCGUCAGCCGCCUCUUCCCUCCUCGGACCCCGGGCUGGCACCAGCCGCAGCCCCGGAGAGUGUCAUUCCGAAGCAAAGCCUCUGAGACCCUGCAGAGCCCCUCGUAUGACCCCAGCCGCCCGGAGUCCUUUUUCCAACAGAGUUUCCAGAGGCUUGGCCGCCUGGGCCACGGCUCUUACGGAGAGGUCUUCAAGGUACGCUCUAAGGAAGACGGCCAGCUCUAUGCAAUAAAGCGCUCCAUGUCACCGUUCCGGGGCCCCAAGGACCGGGCCCGCAAGCUGGCCGAGGUUGGCGGCCAUGAGAAGGUGGGACAGCACCCGCGCUGUGUGCGGCUGGAGCAAGCCUGGGAGGAGGGCGGCAUCCUGUACCUGCAGACAGAGCUGUGCGGGCCCAGCCUGCAGCAGCACUCUGAGGCCUGGGGCACCGGCCUGCCCGAGGCCCAGGUCUGGGGCUACCUGCGGGACACCCUGCUCGCCCUGGCUCACCUCCACGGCCAAGGCCUGGUCCACCUUGACGUCAAGCCCGCCAACAUCUUCCUGGGGCCCCGGGGCCGUUGCAAGCUGGGUGACUUUGGGCUGCUGGUUGAGCUGGGCACAUCUGGAGCUGGAGAGGCCCAGGAGGGAGACCCCCGGUACAUGGCUCCCGAGCUGCUGCAGGGCUCCUACGGGACAGCGGCAGACGUGUUCAGUCUGGGUCUCACCAUCCUGGAAGUGGCAUGUAACAUGGAGCUGCCCCACGGUGGGGAAGGCUGGCAGCAGCUUCGCCAGGGCUAUCUACCCCCUGAAUUCACGGCUGGCCUGUCCUCUGAGCUGCGUUCUGUCCUUACCAUGAUGCUGGAACCUGACCCCAAGCUGCGGGCCACAGCCUCAGCCCUGCUGGCCCUGCCCAUGCUCAGGCGGCCUCGGCCCUGGAGUGUUCUGUGGUACGUGGCUGCCGACGCCCUCAGUCGAGGGUGGGCACUGUGGCAGGCCCUGCUCUCCUUGCUGUGCUGGCUCUGGCAUGGACUGGCCCACCCUGCCAGCUGGCUACAGCCCCCAAGCCCCCCAGCCACCCCGCCUGGCUCCCCGCCCUGCAGCCUCCUCCUGCACAGCAGCCUCUCCAGCAGCUGGGAUGAUGACAGUGUAGGGCUCUCGCUCUCUCCGGAGGCCGUCCUGGCCAGGGCUGCCGGGAACACCUCCACCCCCCGCAAUGGCUCCCCUGCCCCCCGGAACAGGUACUCACUGAGGGAUGCCCUGGACCUAAGUGACAUUGACUCUGAGCCCCCUCGGGGUUCCUUCCCCGCCUUUGAACCUCGGAACCUCCUCAGCCUAUUUGAGGACUCACUGGGCCCAACCUGAGUCUACAGGCCAGCCUCAGUGCUUUU